UGGUGGUUUGAAGGUAGCCAGCAGUUGCUAUCCUAUACCAACAGAGGCUUGAUAGAAAAGGCAAGGUGUUCCCCUCAACAAAAUACGUUUGAAUUCAAACGCUGAAAUAAAUUGAGGUGGCUGCAAAAUUACUGAUUGUCAGAUUCGUAAUCCACGGCCCAAUUUGUUGUGAAUAUCCCUGGAGAGGAAUCCCAGAAAAUAGGAAGGCCAAGCUCCCCCCCUCACCGCCAAGCCACUGUGAGAAGCAGUCCCGCCAGCGUCGCCACGUGUCGUAGAAUGUCCCGGAGCCCGGAGUUCAAGGAUGACCCCACGGAGUGCCCCCUGUGCAUGGAGCCCCUGGAGAUCGACGACGUCAACUUCUUCCCCUGCACCUGCGGCUACCAGAUCUGCCGCUUUUGCUGGCACCGCAUCCGCACAGACGAGAACGGCCUCUGCCCCGCCUGCAGGAAGCCGUACCCGGAGGACCCGGCGGUGUACAAGCCCCUGUCCCAGGAGGAGCUCCAGAGGAUCAAGACGGAGAAGAAGCAGAAGCAGAACGAGAAGAAGCAGAAGGUGACGGAGAACCGCAAGCACCUGGCCAGCGUCCGCGUGGUCCAGAGGAACCUGGUGUUCGUGGUGGGGCUGUCGCAGAGGCUGGCCGACCCCGAGGUUCUAAAGAGGCCAGAGUAUUUUGGGAAGUUUGGCAAGAUCCACAAGGUGGUCAUCAACAACAGCACGUCCUACGCAGGCUCACAGGGUCCUAGUGCCAGCGCAUAUGUGACUUACAUUCGGUCGGAAGACGCCCUCAGAGCAAUCCAGUGCGUCAACAACGUAGUCGUCGACGGCAGGACGCUCAAGGCUUCUUUAGGAACCACAAAGUACUGCAGUUACUUCCUGAAGAGCAUGCAGUGUCCUAAACCGGAUUGCAUGUAUCUCCACGAGCUCGGCGACGAGGCGGCGAGCUUCACGAAAGAAGAGAUGCAGGCAGGGAAGCACCAGGAGUAUGAGCAGAAGCUGCUGCAGGAUCUAUACAAGAUGAACCCCUCCUUUCUACACACCUCGGCCACAGGGGGGGACAAACCAAAGGGGAAGCCCAGCUCUUUACAAAGGUCCAACAGUAACAACAAAGACGCCUGGCCGUCGUUACAACCCACAGGGAAGACGGCCAACGGGCUGUCGUCAGAGCACAGGAAGUCCCCGCAGUUAGACGGCGGCUCCGACUCCGAACACAUGACCCCAGACGGGCCCGACUCGGACCUGGGCCUGGGCCCCGCGGCCGCUCUCUCCCCCUUCUCCUCCAACUGUGACCCCGCCAGCCCUAGCGACAAACUGCCAGACAUCAUCAGUAUAGGCAACGGAGAAACCUCGCAGCUGCUCCCGGGCAGCGACUCCCCAUCGCCCCCUCCCGGUUUCACCAAGCCCAGCCUGGUGGUGCCCCUCAGCGUAGCAGGCAUCACGGCCCGAUCGCCCUUCGAGGGCGCCGCCGCAGAGUCCCAGUCGCUGUUCUCAGACAACAGCAACUUCCGGCACCCCAACCCCAUGCCCAGCAGCCUGGGCGGCUUCCACAGCUCCCCUCAGAACAACUCGGACUGGCCCACGGCGCCAGAACCACAUAGCCUCUUCACCUCAGAUACCAUCCCAGUAUCUUCCUCCACAGACUGGCAGGCGGCCUUCGGCUUCGGCUCGUCCAAACAGCAGCAGGACGACGACCUCGGCUUCGACCCGUUCGACAUCACCCGCAAAGCCCUGGCCGACCUCAUCGAGAAGGAACUCUCCGUGCAGGACAGCUUCUCCUCGCCCCUGUCGCCCGGCCCCCUCCACCCCAGCCCCCACCACCACCACCACGGCUUCUCGCUCCCCGCCAAGGCGGGCCUCGGCCCCCCCGGGGGCUUCCCCCCCCCCAACCACCUCCUCUCCAACACGGGCCUCCCCAACCACUUCUCCCAGCACCAGAGCCACCCCCACCGCCAGUUCUACAGCUCUUUCAGCUUCCCCGGGCACCCGUCCUCCUCCUCGUCCUCCUCCUCGUCCUCCUCCUGCGCCUCCCGCCACCCGUGGAUGGGCAUGGCGGCCGUGUCGGCGCCGUCGCGCCACAACUUCGCCCACUUGAACCCCGCCGCCACGGGCUCCGGCUCGCGCAGCUUCCUGGACUUGAGCAUGCUGCCGCAGCACCACAGCACGGGCCUCGGAGGCGUCCCCAUCACAGAACACAGCGGGGCGGGAGAGGGUAUAAAGGUGAAAGAGUGGCAGGACGGCCUUAGGGCGCUCCUGCCCAACAUCAACAUCAACUUUGGGGGGCUGCCCGGCUCCUCGCCGUCGUCCUCCUCUUCGUCCUCCUCCUCGUCCAGCGUUAACCACACGGGGGCGCCGGCGGGCUCCAGGGGGGGCGUCUCCCAUAGCCUUAGCUGGGAUGGGACGGCCAGCUGGAUGGACCCAGCCAUCAUCACAGGUAUCCCGGCCUCGGCAGGCAACAGCCUGGACUCUCUCCAGGACGACAGCCCCCCCCACUGGCUCCAGUCCCUGCAGGCCCUCACAGAGAUGGACGCCCCCCCCAGCUCCGCGGUGCCCCCGCAGCCCCCACACAGCGGCCCGUUCGGGAGCCAGGUCCCCCUCCACAGAGGCGGCUGGGCGCCCUACCCGCCCCCCGCCACGGCCAACCCCGCCGGCCAGUUCCACUCCCCCCCGCCAGGCUUCCAGACAGCCUUCAGACCCCCGGUCCAGACCCAAACAGACCUGCUACAGAGUGCAGCCAUGGAUCGUCACUAGGGACUGUGAAAACACACACACACACACUUGCAUAAACACACAGACGAACCCCACGAAGACAUGCGUGAAACACAGCAAACCAAAAUCACCCGAAGUACAAAAUACAGAACUAUUAACAAAAUAAUAACAAGAUUAAAUGCAACUUUAUUUCUUCCAUCUCCUUGGUUCCUCAUCUUCAGAGCUCUUGUGUCCUUUUAUUUGGUUUGGAUCCCUUGUUUCCCUUGACCUUUGACCUUUUGGCGCGCCAUCCCAGUCACACUUCCUGUUCACGUCGUAACGCGUCCUGAUCACAUGACCACCGGGAGCACCUCCAUGACAGCGAAAGAGACAGACAGAGGCCUCAGGGUGGCCGUGACUAAUCCGGAGGUGGGGGGGGGGGGGGGGGGGGGGGGGGGGGGGGGUUUAAGGAGCUCAGGUUUUUUAUUUUAUUCUUAUUAUCAUUUUUUCAAACUCAUAAAGAAAAUGGCAAUCCAAAUAGCUGAGCAGCGGAUCAUAGGAAAUGCCCCGUCCCCUAAAACGGAGACAAAAAACCAUGCUUGAGAGGAUUAUGCCCAAUAGUGCAAGUCCAGUUGACUGGUUGCUCCGGAGGCCUCGGAGCAGGAUUGGAACACGUCUGCCUUCAGAGCGCCAGUCAGAAUCCCUUCUCCCCGUAUGCCUCCACGCCAACGGAAGGCUCCGCCUACCAAGCCUGGGGUGGGGUGGGGUCCCUCUGCAGCAGGAGUCAGGGUUACGCUACACUGAAGAAUGGUGGGGGUGGAUGUGGGUGGGGGGGGGGUGCAAUUCUUCGAGGUGGGUUCUUUUUCCCCUUCAUUUAAUUCACAGGAUCAAAGGAAUUAAGGAGGAUGAAAAGCCCAAGUCAAAAAAAGCCUUUACUGAGCUUGAUGCGGUCGAACUGGAGCCGUCUGGAAACGGCCGAGCGUGCAGCCGCGAUAGGUUCCCCCCCCUCGCGCUGCGCUCAACCAUGGCCAUAAAAGGGUGUGAGUGCAGGCCCAGUGCCCCCCCCACCCCCCACAGGGUGGAGAACGUGCACCUCUCUCGAAGAUGACGCGCGAGCGGGCGGGAGACGAUCCCCUCCCCCCACACGCCAUUUAAAGCGUAGCGGCUCAACCUCUGUAUCAGAGGGUAGUUCCACGCCGCGCCCCUCGGGGGCGACGGGCGUUUUUAACCUGCUUCGGCACGAGCGCAGGGCAGGGUGCGUGGACUCUGGAGCGCCACCGUGUGGCGCCUCUGUGGGGUUUGCCCUCGCUCCCCAGACUCCCAGUGUCGAUGCUGCUGCUACCGGUUUGGCUCCACCGUUCACCUCAUCAUGAAGAGGAGGAUGGAGGAAGUGUGGGGGGGGGGGGGUUGUUUGACUUAGCAAGCGAGAGAUGAUGUGUGAAGAUUGGGCCUGUGUUUGCCCCAAACUUAUGCCUUGGUUUUUAUUGUAGUGUAAACGAAAGGCUAGGGAGCAUUUUUUUUCUGGCAUGGCAUAUUUAGAAGGUAUCAGAAUCAGGGGAAACUGCAAGCGCGGUCACUUAUAGAAGAGAGCACAUUUUAAUCAUUAUUAGGCAACAACUUGAGGAUCGUUAUCAAUUCAAACGGUGGCCUUGUAGAUAGCAGACCGGCUUAAGAAGCACCGUCAUCCACCCGGUGGACGCGUGACAGCUUCUCCACCACCAUUACGUUACUCGUCAGUUGAACGGUUGUUUCCUGGGAAUGUGUGCCGGGAUAGUGGAGUCACAGGUCAACUCGAGCAAUCGCCAAUGUCGGGGGGACAGUCCCCCAUGUACCUGUGUCCCCUUGCAACCCUUCAUUUAGUUUAACGGGCUUCAGUUUUUGUCACUUUCCAUUAGGGUCCUUACAACCUUUUCAGUAUUCAACAGUAUUCAUGUGGAUUAAGGAUUUAAAACUUGAGGAAACCAAUUCAGUCCAACCAUGGGUUUUACGCAAUGCAACAAAAAAACACACAACAUAAGUCAAAUGAAGAGCUGAAGGAAUUGUAUCUCUCCACAGGUCUGGAAGAAAAACUAAAUCUUAAAUAAAAGACAAAAUGUGACA